GUGGGUCUAUUUGUCCGAUGCGCUGACAGGCGGUGUUUCGGUCUCUCUUAAACAUGGCCACCAUGAUGGAGUAAACGCUACAACUUUAAAAUUCAUAUAAUCGAGGAAAACUAUGUUUCUUUCACCGAAAUGAGGAAUGUUUCGACCUGAAAUAGCAUACCGAACGCCUAAUCCACAUGAGAGCUUUGGGAAAAGUUUCUUCUUGGAUUACACACUGAAUUAAGUUGGCUGGAAGCUGGAAAGGAAAAGAGAAUUGCAUCAAUUCCAAUGUCAUCAGAGGAUAAGAGUCUGGAUCCCUCUGACCAAGGACCAUCUCCUCCCGUGAGCAGUGCUGGGGCUACACCCUCAGGGAGCCCGGCCCCCUCAGAUAAACGCCCACGUGGCCGGCCUCGCAAGGAUGCUGAUUCUGUUACAUCAAAGUCCAAAAAGAAGUAUGGCAGUCGAUGUCGAGCUCAGGCAGAUGAUAAUGACAGUAUGGACGCCACUGAUGUCACAUCAACUCAAGACACUGACAUCACACCAGACUUUGAUGUGGCUGAGCUGGAAAAUGAUGACGACUUUGCUGAUCUGCUAGAUUUCAGUCCCAGAGAUGAGAGGCCUUUGUCCCCACUGUUUCAACGUUCCAUGUCUGAAGACUCCGCUGGCUCAUCCGCCUCCACAAACAGAAAAACCAAAACUAGAGAAAAGCUGUGUGCCUUUUGCUACUGUGGAGAGAAGAGUCUCUUGGGUCAGGGUGAGCUGAAGCUGUUUGGACCCACGCCCGGUUACGUCCCACUGCACAUCCGUAACCGCCGCGGCAGCUCGGAGAAGGAUGAUGAUUACCAUGAUGACGACAAUGACUUGGACGACAAUGACAACAACCGGAGCCCGGGGCAUCGAGGGAGCGGCCUGAAAAAGGUCAGCUCACCAGACAGCGGUCUGCACUCAACGUCAGCUCCCGGUAGUACAGACCCCGCUGCCGAGGAGCUCAGCCGCAAGUUCUGGGAUGAACUCGGCCAAAUUGGCCUUCCCGAUGACAUUAACGUUGAAUCUUUGUUCGACCCCACUGGGCAGUGCUGCUCUCACCUGCGCUGUGCAGCGUGGUCAGAGGGUGUAUGCCAUGGGGAGGGACAGUCACUGCUGUACGUGGACAAAGCAAUUGACUCAGGGAGCACAGAGUGCUGUGCAUACUGUAAGCGCCUUGGAGCCUCCAUAAAGUGCUGUGAGGAGAGCUGUGGGCGCUCUUAUCAUUACCCCUGUGCAGCUGCUGCCGGAACCUUCCAGGACAUAAAGAGAUACACCCUCCUCUGCCCCGACCACAUACAACAAGCCCUCGUACGAUCGAAAGAUGUGGCAAAGUGUGUGGCAUGUGACAAUGCUGGAGAUGUGUUGGACCAGCUGUUCUGCUGUACGUGUGGUCAGCAUUACCAUGGCACCUGUCUGGACAUCACAGUCACACCGCUCAAGAGAGCAGGCUGGCAGUGCCCUGAGUGUAAAGUCUGCCUCACAUGCAAGAACCCAGGAGACGACAGCCAGAUGCUGGUGUGUGACAUGUGUGAUAAAUGCUAUCAUACAUUCUGUCUGCAGCCUGUCAUGGACUCAAUACCCACCAAUGGCUGGAGGUGCAAGAACUGUCGGUCUUGUGCUCAGUGUGGACUGAGAUCCAGUGGUCAGUGGUCUUCUAAUGGUUUGCUGUGUGAAGGAUGCCAGCAGCAGCAGAAUUCAGCUCUGCUCUGCCUCAUUUGUGGACGGAGUCAAGAUACAGACGGCCCUACAGACACUAACUCCUGCAGCACAUGCAAAAGAUGGGUUCAUGUGAACUGUGAGAGGCAGGAGGGCGGUGACCCUGAUGCCCAGGUGCAGGACGGAUACACCUGCAGUGUGUGUAAGCAGGUGGAGGAGGAGACGCAGCACAAUAAGCCCGUCAGCAGGCAGGAGGCAUUGCUCACUAAAUCAGAGCCAGUCGAGGAUGUCUUCAUGGCUGUUAAGGAAGUUAAUGAGACUAAGGAAGAAGUGACAUUGGAGCCAGAGGCCACUGCUAGUCUACUUCCUUCAGUUCCAGAAGAGUUUCUGUCAUCUGCUGAGCCUGCCCAAGAGAUCCAGGUUACGGUCACACUGACAGAGGGUCCAGAGUCUCCGCCGUGCUGCUCCACUCUAGUAGGCGUACCCACCCUUUCUUUUCAGGCAUCUACCACUACUGAAGACCACAAUGAUGAACAUAGUCUCAUUGAUGGUUUGGAAAUGAGGAAGGAAACAGUGGACAUACUGCCUAAACCUACAGAAGAUAAACCUAAAGCGGACAUUUCAAAAGCUCUUCCUGAUUUGCCAACCAAAGAAACAUCCCCCAAGCUUUCUCCAGCCCAAGAGAAGGAACCCAUGAACGUUUGUCCCUCAGACCCACCCGGUAUAAAGGAUAAAGUCGCAGCAAAUGUCCCAAAAGCUCCAAAUGUUGUUGAGGAUAUCGAGCAGGGACAGAAGCAAGACCAGCAAGAAGAUGAAGAGGAGGCACUGGAAGAACCUGAGCUCACUUGUGUUUUACAUGAGCCUGAAGGUGUCCCACUGGUUCCAGAGUGCAGUCCUACAGUGGAUAUGGACACUACACCUGCCAGUGACCACAGCCUCUCUGGCUUCUGCUCUCCCAUUGAGGAUAAGGGCCUGAUCUUGAAGCAUUCUCCGGGAUUGUCCUCUGAGGGUUCAACCAAGUUGACCCAGUCCCCAUUCUCUACAGAGGGCUCACCCAGGGAGACGUCUCAAAGCCAGACGCCAACCUAUGGCCUGAACCCUGCCGGAUAUAGCCCGAGUGUGUCCAACACCACCUUCAUUUCACUUACUCCCAAAAUAGGUAUGGGAAAACCCGCCAUCUUGAAGAGGAAGUUCUCUCCAGGCAGGCCAAGGGUAAAGCAGGGUGCAUGGAGUUAUCGUAGCGCAGUGAGCUUGCCCUCCUGGUCUCCAGAGCGAAUGGAUGCCUGGGACAGCCCUAAGACCAGGCCGCUACACGGGCUGCCCAUCUGGACUGUGAGAUUGGGUCGUGGAUCUGGCUUCCCUGGAAGGAGGCGACCCAGAGGAGCUAACCUGUCUGGCAGAGGAGGCAGAGGCCGCUCCAGGCUAAAGAUGGAGAGCAGCCCCGUGGUAACCCCUGGGGUGAGCAUCAUGGAGACACCAUAUGUGGUUAAAGAGGAGGAGGAGAACUCCAUGCACAACACUGUAGUGAUGUUCUCCACCUCGGACUCCUUCACACUCAAACAAGACAUGUGUGUUGUGUGUGGUAGUUUCGGUCUGGGUGCUGAGGGCAGACUGCUGGCGUGUUCCCAGUGUGGCCAAUGUUACCACCCCUUCUGUGUCAACAUCAAGAUCACUAAGGUGGUGUUGAGUAAGGGAUGGCGCUGUCUGGAGUGUACGGUGUGUGAGGCGUGCGGGCAGGCCACUGAUCCCGGACGUUUACUGCUGUGUGAUGACUGUGAUAUCAGCUAUCACACGUACUGCCUUGACCCACCGCUGCAGAAUGUACCUAAAGAAAGCUGGAAGUGCAAGUGGUGUGUGUUGUGUACUCAGUGUGGAUCAACGUCGCCCGGCCUGCGCUGUGAGUGGCAGAAUAACUACACGCAGUGCGGCCCAUGCGCAAGUCUCGCUGUGUGUCCGGUGUGUGCACGCAGCUACAGAGAGGAAGAGCUCAUCUUACAGUGCCAGCAGUGUGACAGGUGGGUUCAUGCCAUAUGUCAGGGCCUGAACUCUGAAGAAGAGGUGGAGAACGCAGCCGAUGAUGGCUUUGACUGCUCCCUAUGUAGACUGCACCCCAUGUCCACACCAGUUGGCACAGUGGCACAGCUCACAGACAUCAGCGAACCUCCUUUAGUGGCAAAGAUUCUAACAAAAGUCAAGGAAAACGACUUCCAGAGGACAUACACACAGGACGGAGUGUGUCUCACUGAAUCAGGCUUGUGUCAGCUGCAGAGUCUCUGUGUGCAGACGGCCCGCCGCAGACGACCCAAACCCAAACUCAAGUUGAAGAUCAUUAAUCAGAACAGUGUGGCUGUACUGCAGACGCCCCCCGACCCACAGACUGAGCUCUUCAGAGACGGAGACAUGGACGACAGCAGGGAGGGCGACCUGAUGGACUGUGAUGUGAAAUCUGACUCCAGCCCAGAGCGCAAGCCCAGCGAUGACCACCUGAAGGGGGCUGACGGCAGUGACAGCAACAAGAAGAGGAAGAGGAAGCCGUACAGACCGGGUAUUGGUGGCUUUAUGGUGCGUCAAAGGAGCAAAGCAGGGCAGGGGAAAGGCAAGCGAUCCCUCAGUCGGAAAGACUCCACAAGCUCACUAACAGAGAACUUUAUGGGGAAACAGGAAGGUUGGAAUGAACCAGACACUCUUGUGGACGAGACUCCUCUGACUGAACCUCUGGAGAAAGUCAAGAAGAGAUACAGGAAGAAGAAAACCAAACUAGAGGAAGCCUUCCCCUCAUACCUACAGGAGGCGUUCUUUGGGAAAGAACUGCUGGAUAAAAGCAAGCAGAACAAUCCGGCUCUGGAAACACGGCUCGUUGAGGGAGAAGCUAGGCAUACAGAUGACAAAUCACAGAGCAGCAGCUUUCUGGACCUGUUAUCUGACCCGCUUCUGAGUGCCACAGCAAAUCCAGUUCCACCUAAAGCAGGGCCACUACCAAAUGUGGAGGAUCCUUUAGUGGAGCUGGUUCUGCAUUCUGAUGAUGAUCUGCUGGGAAUGCUGUCCGAUGACCUGGGCAAGCCAGGCACUGAUUCAGGUCUUGAUUUAUGCCCUUUCCAGGUGGACAGUUACCCCUCUCCAUUCGCUGGUCUGGACAUUGGCACCAUUCCAGAUGGUCAGUCGGCUGCCCCUCAUCCAAGCUCUGCUCAAGGGUCUCGACCACUGCAGGAGGAACCAUUGGAUGUCAUAUUGAGCCCUGAACUGGACAAGAUGGUUUCUGAUGGGGCCAUUCUAAGUAAGCUCUACAAAAUUCCAGAGCUGGAAGGGAAGGAUGUGGAGGAUUUGUUCACAGCAGUGCUCAGUCCAAGUGCCAGCCAGGCACCUCAGCUUCCUUAUCCAAACAACACUGCCCCCAGUGCCCCAGCCACAGCAAUGCCCCUCCAGAACCGAGGUAAUGGUGGAAUGUUCCCUCGUAUGCCUAUGAUGAAUGGCAUGAUGGGGCCAAACACCCACUUUCCUCCAAUCCCCAUGUUGCCUGGAGCUGGUGUAUCUGGCUCAUUCUCUCCCAUUCACCGUAUGCCUUUUCCAGAAAAUGAGAGGGAAAAGGAAUUUAGCCAGUUGGGGGGUGAUCUGAUGGGUCCCUGGACUUCUCCUGGAUCCAUGCCUGGAUCGGUCCCUCCACCAGAGGCAGAGACUGACACCAUGUCAAAUGCUCAGAGGAGCACGCUGAAAUGGGAGAAAGAGGAAACUCUUGGUGAAAUGGCUACCGUGGCUCCUGUUCUUUACACCAAUAUGAACUUCCCCAACCUUCUAGAUGAGUUUCCAGAUUGGUCAACUAGAGUGAAGCAAAUUGCGAAGUUAUGGAGGAAAGCCAGUUCUCAGGAAAGAGCGCCGUAUGUGCAAAAGGCACGAGACAACCGAGCAGCCCUUCGUAUAAACAAAGUUCAGCUGUCCAACAAUACAAUGAAAAGACAACAGCAGCAGCAGCCAGCUGAUCCCUUUGAUCCCAGCAUUCCCAUGGACGCAGAGCUGCUCUUCAGGGACCCGCUCAGGCACAAGGAGUCUGAGCAUGAGCAAGAAUGGAAGUUCAGACAGCAAAUGAGACAAAAGAGCAAACAACAGGCCAAGAUUGAAGCCACUCAAAAGUUAGAGCAGGUUAAAAGUGAGCAGCAGCAGCUGCAGAAACAGCAACAACAGCAAUUCAGUGGGCAGUCUGUUGAAGACAGCCCUAAUAGUGGAAAUCAGAGUCCAGUGACAACUGAGAUCAGCUGUGGAGGUAAUGCUUCUCCUUUGCAAGCAUUAACCCCCAAGGAUGGCUUUGCAAUGGCCCAAAUCCCUGGUACGCCAUUAUCAGGUGCAUCAACAGAUGAUGUAUUUCUGCGUCCCCAACUUCCACUCCCUUCAACCACGGCAAAGACCCCUACCCAGGACACCCAGUACCCGCAGGGGACCUCAUCUCAGCCUCAGUCUCCUCAAAUGUUUUCACCUGAAUCUUCUGGUUCCCGCCCCUCUUCACCUUGGGAUCCAUAUGGAAAAAUGUUGGGAACUCCUCAGCCUCCAACAUCUGGGUCUAGCACGCCUCGCAGAGGCUCUGUGUCCGACAUGCAAGAGAGAAGCCGGCCCUCACCUGCCCAUGAAUCUUUUGGGUCUCCAACAUCUGCCAGCAAUGACCCAUAUGCGAAGCCUCCAGACACACCUCGACCAUCAGACCCAUUUGUGAAACCUAUGGGUCCACCCAGACCUGGACCAGUAUCAGAGCAGCAUCAACAGCAACAAGGACGGUACUUGAUCAGUAAUGUAAUCCCAGGAGACAAAUUUUCCAGACCAGGCCAAAGAUCAGAGGCAUACCAACGCAUGGCCCAUAGCCGAAUGGUUCUCUCUGACCCCUACUCGAGACCACUGUUAACACCUAUUCCAGGAAGUAAUGAGUCUGGAUCUGUGCCUGUGUUCAAAACACCCAUGCCUCCUUCCCACUCACAGCAAGACUCUUUCAAUGCAGCACAGCUAGGCAUGAGAAGGGGGUCUUCUGACACUUUCUCUAGUGUUCAGCAGUUCGACCCUUUUGCACAUCAGCCUCUUGCUUUUCAUCCAUCAAUGGGAGAUGGUUUUAGUAAUGAGAGCAGAAUGAUGCGUCCACCACAUGGGAGUCCUUUCGCCCAACAAUUGCCAAUGAGCAGGCAUCCUCAGCGGGAUCCAUAUUCACAAGCACCAGCUACACAGAGACCAGAAUUCCCUCAACAGAUGCCUGAUCCAUAUGCACAGAUGCCUGGGACCCCAAGACCCCAUGAUCCAUAUGCCCAGAUGCCUGGUACCCCAAGACCACACUCUGAUCCAUACCCCAUGCCACCAUCCACACCUAGAACUGCUGCAGUUGAUCAGUUUCCUCAGUCGCAGUCUAACAGUCGCAGACAAUCUCCUUCUUAUGCCCUUGAUCCAUAUGCACAGAUGCCCGGUACACCAAGGCCUUCUCCCGGAGAGAGAUAUCCUAAAUCCCCAGGUAGUCAGAGAACCCCAGAUCCCUACUUGCAGCUUCCUGGAACUCCUAGACCAGUCAAAAAUGACCCUUAUGACCAGCCACCAGGAACACCAAGGCCAGUUCUUACCGAUCCAUAUUCCCAACCCCCUGGAACCCCACGUCCAGGGGCUGGUCCAGGGGCUGGCCCAGAGGCCUUCCCCAGGCCAAAUCCUAGAGCAAACCUUAUGCCUCACCAAACAGACCCAUUUGCUAAUAAAGCACAAAGCAGGAUUCAGGAUACAUUUGCUUGUCCAUCUGCCCCUGGUUCUCAAACCCCAAAACAUCCGGGGAAUUUAGAUGAAGGUUUCUCCCUGCCACAGACAAACUCUAACCAGACACCUGUUCAUGCACCAUUUGAACAAGCUCCACUAACCACAUGCUUACAAACUGGGGAAAGAUUGUCACAUGAUGUUUCAACAAACACAAGCACAUUAAAUUCACAUAUCACAAUGCAACCACCGCUUGGAGAUGCUGAAGAGAAAAUUAAACAGCGCCAAAGACUACGACAAUUAAUUAUAAAACAGCAGCAGCAGAAAAGUGCCAUCAGACAGGAAAAGGGACUCCAGGAGGCAACUGCAUCUUCUGCAUCUGGGACACCACAGCAUUGGGAACAGGAUGAUUCUGGACCUCAAAAUGAUAUGUUUGGCAGACCCCCACCUCCAUAUCCAGGCACUAUGAGAUCACCAAUGCAGGCAGGGCAGAGAUUUCCUGGAACUUACCUUGGCGAUCAACGAGGGCCCUUGUCUGAUGAACCCCAGUGCCCCCGACCACCAUUUCCCAUGGACAUGAACAACAUGGGCAUGAGACUCCAAAGACAGAGGUUUGGAUUUCCUUCUGGUGCCCCAAGUCAAGAGCAGUUUCUCAGGCCCCCUCACCAAAUCCAGGGUGGACAGUUGGUUGACAAUGUUCCACCACAUAUGAGAAGAUCUCUUUCAGUUGACCUUGUAAGGUCAAUGGGUGGUAAUUAUCAAAUAGGUCUUCCCCAGCAUUUUCAACCACGUGGCCUUCCAAUGCAGCAACACAGUAUAAUGGGCCAACCAUUUAUUGAGCUUCGACAUAGAGCUCAAGAGAACAGAGUCAGACUACCUUUUUUUCCACCUAAUGCUUUGGAUCAUACUCAGAGACCCCCUCAUGGCUUUAUGGGAGGCCAAAAUAUGGCCUUUACUGGAAAUCAAGGUCCCAGAAUGAUGGAUCCGAGGUUGGGUCAGUCUCAGCAAGGAUCAGUUAGUCAUUUGCAGACAUCAUCUAAUAUGGAGAGUUUGCAUCACCUGACAAAUAGUUUAGUGAAUACAGCACCACAACAGAUUACAUUGGCAACACCACUUAGUCAUCCAAUCAGUGGUGAUUCAGUUGCCCCCACUCAACCUGUUGUACUCCCUGUGACGGCUUCUGGUCCAACAGAGGAGAUCCCAUUGCCUUGUGUUGAUGGUAUCGAGGAAAAGUUAGACACAGAUGACUCUGCUGUGAAGGACCUUGAUGAUGUGGAGGUCAAGGACCUGGUUGAUGAAGACCUGGACAACCUGAACCUUGAUGCAGAUGAUGGAAAAGAUUUAGACCUGGAAACAAAUGACCUUCACCUCGAUGAUCUUCUGGAAUCUGGAAAGUUUGAUCUUAUUGCUUAUGCAGAUCCUGAGAUGAACCUUGAGGACAAAAAAGACAUGUUUAAUGAGGAACUGGAUCUGAGUGACCCGAUAGAAGAUGAUCAUGGUGAGACCUCAGACCUUCAGAAGGCCCUGUCUGAAAAACAAAAUGCCAGAUGUGAAGGUAUGUCAUCAGCUCAACCUAAAGAAGAGGUUGAACAAGGACCUAGUAAUGUCAAACUAGAAAAUAGUCCGUCAAAAGAAGCCCUUGAUAAUCAUCACACUGAAAGAACUAUCAAAACUGAGGGCCAUCAUGGUCUAGUGGACAACCAGGAGCAUUCUCUUUUUAGUAGUAAAGAUGAUCAAGAUAAUGUCUCUGGCCUUUUCGAGGAGUCUUGUACAGGUGUACAUCCUGGUACUGCUCCAGUGCUGCCAAGCCUGUUGUACAAGGAGAAACUGGAAGACACUAGGACUGGAUCCAUAGUUUCCUGUCUACCCGGUGACCCUACUGCCCAGACUAAUCUAGUCCCAGGUGUCCAGUUAAACAUGGGUAUGGUGAUGCUGAAAGGACAACCCCAAGACCAUGGCCUAAACCCUGUAGUGACAAUGGGGCAUAGGAAUGACCCAUCACUUACUCAAGAGGCACUGUUAGGAAACCCAAAUAUGAUGCAAUCUGGCAACCAGCAGGUUCCACUUCAAGGGUUCGGAACCUCACAAGGACAACAAGUGGAUCUGAACCUGCCCAUGGUUGGUGGUCAACAGCCUGUUCCCCAUCCCAUAAACCCUCAAAUUCAACAGGGCAUGUUUACUCCGGGGCCUGCAGGGCAACAAGAGUCUCAAGUUCAGCCAACUCAACAGAAUCGCCCUCUCCUGUUAGAUGAGCAGCCCCUCCUUCUACAAGAUCUGCUGGAUCAAGAGAGGCAGGAGCAGCAACAACAAAGGCAGAUGCAGGCCAUGAUUCGGCAACGGUCCAGUGACCCUUUUUUCCCUAACAUUGACGCUGAUGCCAUUACUGACCCAAUCGUGAAGGCAAAGAUGGUGGCUCUGAAGGGCAUCAACAAAGUGAUGGUGCAGAACAGUAUGGGUAUGACACCCAUGGUUAUGAACAGAAUUCAACAGAUGCCUGGAACUCAUGGUCCGGAUGCAGCUGGUUUCUCUAAGCAUUUAUUUGGACCGGAUGGAAAGAUGCCACCUCAGAUUACGAAACCCAACCCCCCUAACUUUGCACGAGGGUCUGACAAUGAUUCUCAGAGGAAACAGUAUGAGGAGUGGCUUCAGGAAACCCAGCAGCUUCUUCAAAUGCAGCAGAAGUUUCUAGAGGACCAGAUUGGGGCCCACAGGAAAUCUAAAAAGGCCCUCUCGGCAAAACAGCGCACAGCCAAAAAAGCUGGCCGGGCAUUCCCAGAGGAGGAUGCCGAACAGCUGAAACAUGUGACUGAACAGCAAAACGUGGUUCAAAAGCAGCUGGAACAGAUACGGAAGCAACAGAAGGAACAUGCUGAGCUCAUCGAAGAAUAUCGUGUUAAGCAGCUACAACAGCAGCAAUGCCUUCAACCUGGUGUGAUGGGUCCAAUGCAGGACAUGCCAGGAAUGCAAGGACAGGCCCCUGGAAUGAUGUCUGGUGGACCUCCUAUGAGCCAGCCAGUGAUGGGUCCUAUUAUGCCCAUGCAACAACCCCACUUUGGUCAGCCCAAGCUUCCUUGCAUGCCCAAGAUACCAGGCUGGCAUCCAGGAGCUUCUGGACCAAUGGGACCCAGGAUGCCACCUCACAUGACCCCUCAGAUGCCAAUUCCUAACCCUGCUCAACCACUCCAGGCACAACCACCGAUGGUUCCUGGAGGUAAACCUGGACAGCCUGGCACUGUAGCUGGAGGUAAUGGUACAGGAGCCAUUAGUGGUGCUCCUCAUGUUAAGUUUGAUGAUAAUAAUCCAUUCAGCGAGGGCUUCCAGGAGCGGGAGCGUCGGGAACGCCUCCGAGAACAGCAAGAAAAGCAGCGGGUGCAGCUUAUGCAGGAAGUUGAGAGGCAAAGGGCCUUGCAGAGGCUUGAGUUGGAGCAGCGGGGAUUGGGGAUUGGACCUGACAACAGCGGGGACGGCCUUGCCCAGAUGCCCUUUUUUAAUGCUGACCUGUCGCAAGAGUUCAUUCAGAUGCCCAGGACUCAACGGCAACAACAGCAGAUGGGCCAGAUGUUCCCCCAGCAAGGAAAUAUGCCAUUAGACUUUGCGGGGCCAGGUCCGGGUUUUAUGCAAGGUGGCAAGCACAGACCAAUGCCUGGGAAUGGCUCCUCUGGCCCAGAUAUGGUCCUAAAUUUUCAGCCCAAGAACCCCAUGAUGCAUGCUUUCCCACAAGGUCAGCCUCAGCCACAUGGGUUUGGAGGGGCUGGAAUGCCGCCCAAGGGUGGAGCUUCUUCAUUUGGCAUGGAUUCCACAACCCCCUUACCUCCAAAUUACCCUGGUUCAGGACAGUCCCUCAUCCAACUCUACUCCAACAUCAUUCCUGAGGAGAAGGGCAAAAAGAAAAGGAACCGGAAGAAGAAAAAGGAAGAUGAUGCAGAUUCUGUUAAAACUCCUUCUACACCUCACUCAGACCUCAAUGCCCCUCUUACACCAUGCGUAUCGGACACUUCAUCCACCCCAACACGGAGUGUUGCCAUCUUGGGGGACCAGGACACCUCAGAGUUUUCCAAUCCCCUGGGCUCUGUGCCUGGCCUCCAGCCGUCCUCAGAACUGGAAAACCAAAUCUCUGGAGGUACUCCACUGAGGCGGCAGUCCAGCGUGGGCUCAGAGGCAGAGCGAGGGCUCCUCCAUGAGAUCAAGCUGGAGAAGUUAGAGGCCAGUGAUUGCCAAAAGGCUGAAGGAGAGGCUGCACUCGGCCAUGGUGCAGGAGGAGGUGGUAUUGUAAAGAUGGAAGAGGUCCAUGAAGUAAUUUCCCCCAGCCCAACAUCCCAGAGUCCAGCUCAAGGCAACAAAGGAGAAACUGGUAAUGAGUUGCUUAAACAUCUUCUGAAGAACAAGAGCACACCUCCUCCCUCCUCAACACCUCUCACACACCAGAUGACCAAUGACAGCAUACGAUCAGAGGAUGAGGGCCUGGUCAACAGCAAAUGCUCUGAAAGACUUGGCAAUAUAGAUUCUUUGAGUGGCAUAAAUGGUCAGUUGACAGUAAAAGCAGAUCUGGAGUCAUCUCUACCAGAGCAAUGCAAGAGAAAACAGCACAACAAGAGGACGCCAAAGAGUGGGAACGAGAAAGCUCCAUCACGCUGGAAAAAGAGGAAGAAGGAGGAUGAAGAGAGGCAGGCGCUAUACACCAGUACAGAUACACUGAUGACUCAACUCAAACAGCAGCUCUCUAUGCUCCCACUUUUGGAGCCCGUGAUUAGGGUAAACUUUGCACACUUUCCCCCAUACGGCAGUAGGCAGCUGGAUGGAGAGAACCGCCUAUCUGGAUCUUUUGGAAGUGCAUCACUGGAUGGUGUAUCCGAUUACUAUUCACAGCUCAUCUAUAAGCAGAACAAUCUCAGUAAUCCCCCAACACCACCUGCUUCACUGCCCCCCACACCGCCCCCUUUGGCCAGACAGAAGCUGUUGAAUGGCUUUGCCUCCACUGAGGAACUGGCCAGGAAGGCUGAAGUAAUGGGUGAACAUGAGGUUUCUAAAAGCUUGGGUCAGAAGCCACUCACGACUCCAUUCAAAGGUAAGGAUGACCUGCUUGGUCCCAUCACUCACGGCCCCAAGACUGUUGACGUUCCUGCGUCCCUCCCCACUCCACCUCACAACAACCAGGAGGAACUUCGGGGUCAAGAGCAUUGUGUGGACAGGGACACCCCAGACAGCUUUGUCUUAUCAUCCUCUCCUGAGAGUGUGGUUGGCAUGGAGAUCAGCCGUUAUCCAGAUCUCUAUAGAGUUAAAGAGGAGCGGCCAUCUCCUGCUGUCUCUCCAGUUAUCCCCAUGCUGCCCAGCGCCAGUGGUAAAGGCUCUGAAGCCAAGCUGUGGGAAGUCAAGAUGGAGCCACCCAGCAAUUUCUUUGGUUCACAAUUUAGACAACUGCCCACCUGCUCAAGAACUGACUUGGUGUCUGUAGACAUUACUCUGAAUCCAGUGGCAGCACAGAACAUUCAAGGGGUGGUGUCAGCACUGGCCAACAUGCUUUGCAUGUCAAUCCCGGGCAGCUAUGAGGUCAUCCGCUCUCCAGGCCCAGAGCACCGCAGCUCAAUAGAAAUGCUUACUGGACUGAAGGUCCCUCCUCAAACUGCUUUGUUCCACCAGCAACCUGGAAUGAGGCUCAUCAGGCCACCAGGUGCCCCAAUACCCCAUCAAACAUUUAGCAAGGGUUCAGUUGUGAUCAGACCAGAUUAUCAGAUGGGUGGAAGGAGCCCAGGGUUUAAACCGCAGUGGUGCUCCCACUGCAAGGUGGUGGUUCUUGGAAAUGGGUUUCGCAAGUCCAUCAAAGACCUGCCCAUAAAUAAGCAGGGCCAUGGAGGUGCUGAGGGGAGCCUGGUCUUCUGCAGUCAUAAUUGCUUUGUUCUCUAUUCAGCUACCAUGCAGACUAAAUCUGUAGAUGGCAAGCCAAACAUGUCUUUUAUGUCUGACUCUGAGGACAAGCAUAGUCCUGCCAAGGUGCUCCAUAAAUACAGUAACAACAUAUCUGAUCUGGACGUGCACUGUUUGGCCCAGCUGCAUCCCAAGCUGUCUCCAUCCCCAACUCCACCAAUAUCAUUUCCCUCCAUCACUUCCGAGUCAUUCAGAGGAGAUGCCAAAUCGGAGGCUCUGAAGGUCACGGUCAAACUGAAGCCUCGGCCUCGAGCGGUGCACAACAGCGGGGACAACCCUGGGCAUUGGUCAGGAAAGCGCUGGAAGGCUGUGCGUUGGAGGAAGUGGAGCAUUCAAAUUGUGGUGCCUAAGGGUAACUACCACCUGCCAGUGGAGGAAGAGGUAGAUGAACUGCUGAAGAAACUUGGGACGUCUCUUAGACCCGAACCCAUGCCUAAAGACUCCCGCCGCUGCUGCUUCUGCCACGAAGAAGGAGACGGGCUCACUGACGGGCCGGCCCGACUCCUCAACCUCGAUCUGGACUUAUGGGUGCACCUGAACUGUGCCCUGUGGUCUACUGAAGUCUACGAGACUCAGGCCGGGGCGCUCAUCAACGUAGAGCUGGCCUUGAGAAGAGGCUUAUCGGUGCACUGUGUGUACUGCCAACAAACCGGUGCCACGAGUGGAUGCCACCGCUUGCGCUGCACCAACGCGUACCAUUUUACUUGUGCCCUUAAGGCACAGUGCACAUUCUUCAAAGACAAGACCAUGCUGUGCCACGUGCACAGACCCAGAGGAACCGGCUUGUUCGGAGGUGGGCUGGCAGGGACCGAGCAUGAACUUCACUGCUUCGCUGUGUUCCGUCGGGUCUAUGUGCAGAGGGACGAGGCGCGGCAGAUCGCCAGGAUUAUUCAGAGGGGUGAGCGGAAACACACUUUCCGUGUGGGUAGCUUAGUGUUCCAUUCGGUCGGUCAGUUGCUCCCACAGCAGAUGCAGGCUUUCCACUCAACCACUGCCAUCUUUCCUGUGGGCUACGAGGCCAGCCGCAUCUACUGGAGCAUGCGGCAUGGCAACCGUCGUUGCCAUUAUGUGUGUUCUAUUGAUGAGAAAGAUGGCGAGCCAGAGUUUAUUAUCCGCAUCAUGGAGCAGGGUUACGAUGACCUGGUGCUGACUGGUGCCUCACCAAAAGGUGUGUGGGAUAAGGUUCUGGAGCCAGUGGCAGAGAGAAGGAAUGAGACAGGGUUACUGAAGCUCUUCCCCAUCUACCUGAAGGGAGAGGACCUUUUUGGACUGACCGUAUCCGCUGUUACCAGAAUUGUGGAAUCUCUUCCUGGAGUGGACGCGUGUGAGCGUUACACGUUCCGUUACGGCUGUAACCCUCUCAUGCAGCUUCCUUUGGCUAUCAACCCCUCCGGAUGCGCCCGCUCUGAACCAAAAACAUGUACACAUGUCAAGAGGCCUCACACUCUGACCAGCAGCUCUUUUAAGGCCCUGCAGAGCCCUGGAAAUCCAGUUGAGAUGGGUGUGGCUCUGUACAGCAAACAGUUUGUCCAUUCCAAAUCCUCCCAGUACCGCCGCAUGAAUGCUGAGUGGAAGUCCAAUGUCUACCUUGCCCGCUCACGUAUUCAGGGUUUGGGGCUGUAUGCCGCUAGGGACAUUGAAAAAUACACUAUGGUGAUUGAAUACAUUGGUACCAUCAUUCGCAAUGAGGUGGCAAACAGGAAGGAGAAGAUGUAUGAGGCACAGAAUCGUGGAGUCUACAUGUUUCGCAUUGAUAGUGAACAUGUCAUUGAUGCAACUAUUACAGGAGGACCUGCAAGGUACAUCAACCACUCCUGUGCACCCAACUGCAUUGCUGAGGUCGUAACCUUUGAGAGAGGUCACAAAAUCAUCAUCAGUUCCAACCGCCGAAUCCAGCGAGGCGAAGAGUUGUGUUACGACUACAAGUUUGAUCUGGAAGACGAUCAACACAAAAUUCCUUGUCACUGUGGUGCCGUAAAUUGCCGUAAAUGGAUGAACUAAACCUAAGAUUUCAGAGAAGUGAUGGACAAUUUAACAUAUAUGCAUUCCUUGUUUUUUGUCUAGGCCCAUUUCUAAACAGGAAACAUUUUAUUACUUAACAAAACAAUUUAGAAAAUAAACUAAAAUAUGUUGUUAAGGUAGUAUUUAGACAGCAGAACUGUAAGAAUUUGACCUGUAAAGAGACUGUAGGGGUCACGUUUGGUUCAGUGGCGGGAGAGUUGGUAUAGUUUAUGAAUGAGCACCUUCACCUUAAAUAAAACACAGGCUGCACACUGGUUACUCUGAAUUGCAAAGACAAUGUAAAUGUAUUUUUUUUCUGUUCGAGAGAUUCGAUGAAGCGCUCUGGCAAACAGGGAGAGAUGUAAAUGAGAUUUUCAAGUGGGCUCGGCCUUGAAAGUGCUGGCCACAGCCUUAUUUAGAUAUUAAGAGGCAGGUCCUCUAGGUAAAGAAAUAUAUAUACAGAUGUAUACACAUAUAGUUACAGAAAUGUAGACACCACUGAACAAGGAAUGUACUGAGAUGACUUCCUUAGGGAUAAAGCUAAGGGAAUUAUUAACUUGCACUAAAACAGAAAGAUACCGUUGAAAUACUUGAUUCCUUGAGUCAGUUUAUUUUUUCCUUUGUUUUGAUUUCUGUAAAAUAAGAGACAGCUUUUGUAUUUAUUAUUGAUUGAAGCUAUUUUUAAAAAAAUGUGGAGACGCAGAGAGUCGAGCUGCUUGGAAAGCCUGCCGAUUGGACAGAACAUGUUACUUUAUAUUGUGUAAAUAUCCGUCUAUAAAUGAACAUUUUUAAAUACUCGACCAAAUGUUACCUUAACUUUAUCAUAGCUGUCUGGGUGAUCUUUUGUUUGUUUUCAACUAAGCGAAAAGUGAAAAAAAUUAAGAGGAAAAAAAAAAGUAUUUAAGAAGGAUGUCAAGAUGUCAUUUUGAGAGUAUAUGUGUUGUAUAAAAUUGUACAGAAUCUGUAAAAAAAAGAAAAAAAAAAGAAAGUAUUCAGAGUAUUUUUGUUGUAUUUAGAAUGUAGAAUCAAUAAUGGCUAAAAUUAUCUGAUCACUUGAAGAAUACCCUUUACUUUAUUUUUUUGCUUUUUUUAAUCUAUUUUCACAAUCUAAAAGAGCACCAGUCAUGCUAAAAUGAUUGUGACAUCCUAUCUCAGUUCAAUAGAUUGUGUGCACUGUGAAUUUCUAUUUGAAUCCUCCCAUAAAUCUUCCGAUAGAUUUCUUUAGCGAGCACGAGCUGUUUUUAAUGCUCCGCACCAUUUAAACUCACCUUCAGAACUUUAGAGAUGAAGUUCAAUGCCUUUCACAUUCAUUCACAAAACUCAAUGCGUAGACAUUAAUAAAAUGUAAGGUAUGCUUCUUGUUUACAUUUUUUUUUUUUCUUUUUUUUUUUUUUGAAGUAUUUCUAGUGUUGAUUUGUUGAAAAGUAAAAAUCAUGGUAUGAUGUCAAACUCAACUCUGAAAUAAUUCAAACCCUGGUAAUGGCACUUUGCAGACCAGUUUGAAAUGAAGUUUUUUAUGUGCACAACUAACGUGGACUACAAUUGUUGGUAUUCUUAAACAAUCCUGAGCUUGUAAUAUACAUGGCAUGAUGUUUUUGUUUUGUUUUUUCAACUUUGAAUCAAUUGUACAUAUUUUCUCAAUGACUGGCUGUAAUAAAUUGUUUCUUGGAUAUUUUUUCCCUUGUACAAUAUUCAGACAUUUAACAGUAUUUGCCUUUUUCUUUGUCCUGUAUAGUAGUAUCAAAUGUUCAAAUUAAGCUUUUUUUUGCGGGGGGGUAUACAAAGUGUGGGUUUUGGUGUUUGUGGAAUCAGAUUUAGGAGCAUUUACAAAUACAAAAUAAAAUAUUUUACACCAUA